UAUUACAUGAACUAAUACAAUUUAAUUGAGUUUUAUAUAAACUAUAUAUACUUGGUUUUUUAGGAUAUCAUUAGAAACUCUAUUAUUAACUAUAACGUAUUAAUAUAUUUAUUAACAAUGGGCUAUAUGUUGAGGAGUGACUUCAUGUCUUUAUACGAUUUAUAUAUACAACCAGAGGCAGCUUUUGAAAUUAUUACGUGUUUGGGGAAUGGAGGAUAUGUUCAAUUUCUAGACAUGAACGAAAACGUACAAGCAUUUCACAGGCGUUAUGUAUCAGAAAUAUGUCGAUGUAGUGAAAUUGAACGUAUUCUGCGAUUCUUGGAAGACGAAAUGAAAAAGGACGGCAUUCCCGUGACUAGACUUAGAUAUGAUCCUAGGCCUUUGCAGCCCAAUGAAAUGGCUCCUUUAGAGACUUUGGUUGAAAAAUGGGAAGACGAAAUAACUGAAUUAAAUUUAAAUUACGCUGGUCUUUUGAAAUUGUACACGGAAAUGUCAGAGAUGCACUACGUUUUGGACAGCAUCGGUCCAAUGUUGGGCGAUGCCGAGAUAAGAAAUGCUUUGUUACCGAAACAAUUUUUGACGGAAGCAGAUAAAUUAAACGACUUAACGGUGUUACCUGGGCAUCUGAUGAUCGUCACGGGCGUAGUGAGACGCGUGAGAGGCUUCACUUUCCAGAUGAUGCUCUGGCGCAUCUCCCACGGCAAUAUUUACUACAGGCAGACCGAAGAAGACAAAGUAUUUAAGGACGUUACGGGUUUUGAAGAGCGAAAAGUGGCGUUCCUCGUGAUUUGCCAAGGAGAAGAGCUACACGAGCGAGUGCUGAAGGUGUGCGGUGGUUUCCGAGCCACUCUGUACCCUUGUCCGAGAACAGCCGGCGAUAGAUCGAAGAUCACCCAAGAUAUAGGUCAAAAGUUAACUGAUCAGGAAGAGGUUUUAAAAAAGACGAAGUAUCAGCGCUGCAAAGCGUUGUUCACUGUGGCUCAACAAUGGCACCUCUGGAAGAUACGAGUAAAGAAAACAAAGGCGAUCUACCAUACUAUGAAUUUAUUUAAUGUAGACACGAGGAAGUGUCUCAUCGGUCGUUGUUGGGUACCCGACGUCGAUGUUCCGAAAGUACACGAAUGCCUCAAGUUUGUCUCGGAAAAAAUGGGUACUACCGUGGAAUCAUUUAUGAUAAAGUCAAAUGCAGAUGAAAAACCGCCCACCUAUCAUAGAACAAAUAAGUUCACACAUGGGUUUCAGGCUUUGAUAAAUGCGUAUGGCGAGUCUACUUACAGAGAGGUGAAUCCAGGUCUUUUCACUAUAAUAACUUUUCCCUUUCUCUUCGCUGUAAUGUUUGGAGAUCUCGGUCAUGGCAUACUUUUAAUCGUAUUCGCGAUGUGGAUGAUUAUGAAUGAGAGAAAAAUUAUAGCCAUGAGGUCAACUAAUGAAAUAUUUAACAUCGCAUUUGGAGGGCGUUACGUUAUUUUGAUGCUUGGGAUAUUUUCAGUAAUCACUGGCUUUUUGUAUAAUGACAUAUUUUCAAAAGGAUUCAGACUCAUGGACGCAUAUUGGAUAAAUACUAAAACGAAAGCGGAUAUUGAAGAUAAUAACCAUAUAACACUCAAUGCUGCAGAUCCUACGGGAAAAUUUGCUUAUUUAUUCGGGUUGGAUCCAAUUUGGAAGCAAGCAAUGAAUAAAAUCGUGGUUGAGAAUUCCUUCAAAAUGAAAUUAUCUAUAAUUCUCGGAGUGGUUCACAUGCUAUUUGGUCUUAGUUUGGCAUUUGUUAACAACGUGUACUUCAAAAAAUAUUAUCAUAUAUGGUUGGUAGACAUACCAUCUGUUAUAAUUUUGUCUUGUCUAUUUCUCUGGCUGGUCUUCUUAAUGUAUUUUAAAUGGUUUUACUAUGAACCUAAAUCGACUAUCCAGAACAAGUCGCCCUCUUGUGCCCAGCUACUUCUUAUUCUAAUAAUAGACUUAGUUCUUGCCGGACAAACUGAACCGAAAUUACCUGCCGGUUGUACGGAAUUCUACAUGUUUGGGGAAACCCAGAGAAUAAUGCACAGGGUGUUAUUACUUCUUGUAAUCUUGUGUGUACCUAUUAUGUUGUUUGGUGCACCACUGUAUUUGAGAAGGAAAGCUGCUAAGCAAGUAAAAGAAACGCAAGAAGACUUAGCCGACAAGCCAACUGAGUUUCGAAUCUAUCGACGAAGUACACAGAAAGAUGAAAUUGAUAAAAAUAUCAAAAAAAAGUCAGAUUUCGACUUUGGAGAUGUUAUGAUUCGUCAAUCCAUUCAUACCAUCGAGUACACCCUGAGCACCGUGUCCCACACUGCUUCGUAUCUGCGGCUUUGGGCACUCUCCUUGGCCCACGCGCAACUGUCAGAAAUGCUGUGGGAUAUGAUUUUGAGAGAUAUCGGUAUAAGAUCAUGCCUGAAACAUGGGGAAUUUGUUGGUGCAAUACUACUCUUCGCUAUAUUUGCUGUAUGGGCGGGUUUUACCGUGUCAAUUCUCGUCGUAAUGGAAGGAAUGUCUGCAUUUCUUCAUACUCUUCGACUACAUUGGGUAGAAUUCAUGAGCAAGUUUUAUUCUGGUGGUGGUUGGAUGUUUACUCCGUUCUCUUUUGCCAACAUCUUUAAUGAAAGUGAUGAUAAAAUGGAUGCUGUUUGCAAAAAGCUCCAUUAGAACAUUGAAUAAUUUAGAUUAUUUUUUUCGUUUCGUUAAAACGUUUCGUUAAAAGUUAUUUACUAAUUGUUGCUAGGUAUUUAUAUUCUUAAUCGAUUUGUUUGUAAUGUAGUUUACGUAUUAGUUUUAAUAAA